AAAACAUCAUGGUAGGCCUCAGGAAGUUUUCAACGGUGGGCAUCAAUCUUCUCGCUGUUUUACGUGGUGGGGUCCACUAAAGCUUUGGAUCUGCCUCGUUCUCUCGGUCAUGCCUUAAAAUAAUAUCUCCAAAUGAAUGGAUGUUGUGGAUACAAUACAUAAAUCAUAGUGGGGUCCCCAGAACUUGGUGACGUCACUUUAGUAGCGAGUCUCGCUACUCAACCUGUCGGUAUCGAAUCCGCAUCCGUUGGUACACGGUCUAAACAAAAGUUGAUGCACCUGAUGGAUGAGUAUCUCAUCAACAUGAAGUCUUCCAUCCACGCCAGCAAAUAAUUAUGCUAUGUUUGGUAUUCUAUUUCAUUUUCGUAGUCCCAAUACGUAGAGAGUAAAGCUGAUGGAGGUUCCUUGUGAAUCUUUCAAAUUGCAUUAGAUCCUAAUCGUUCGUUCGAUAGCCCUAAACUAGACAUUUUGAGGACAAGAUGCCCCAACUGUACAUAUUCAGCUGAAUCAUACUCCAACAGAUAAAAGGAUUAGGAUUGUACAAUUUCUGGGGCAUCUCGGAGCCCAUCAGAUCAAUGUGUCUGAUGUCUAUGGAAUUUUCUGCAUGAAGCAGAGUUUUGUCUUUGCUGAUGAACAGGGCACAAAAAUAUAGUUCUUGAGAGCACAGGGGCUUUUUGAGUCCAAAUUUGGCUGUGGAUGGUGUACUGCUGCCAGAUAUGACUGGAUGUUCCAGGAGCUUAGCGUAUGUGAUGUGUUCAAGGUGUGGAAUGUAUGAGGAUUUAGGCCCUGAUGCCGCUAUUUUGUAUUUCCUGAUAUUUUUCAUCAUCGUGCUAGCAUGCCUUUGGUGUUACACUCAGUACAGGAUGCAGACAUCUAGAAAAUCCGGUCCAUCCAGAUUGUGGGCCAAAAAUGUUCAUCAGAUUGGACGGUGAGCAGCCCAAGUUAAAUUCAGAUUGGCUGCUAAUAUUGCUCAAUCCCCCUUGAUGGGGCCCGGACAUCGGGUAGUCUGGAUUAAGCAUCUUGUCUGAGCAUGUGAAAGACACAUGCAACAUGCUGUGCUGAGAUGGCCGGUAGAUGAAUAGAUAAGAAGCUGGGAAAACAAAGGCUAGAAAUGAAAAGCUUUCCCAAAUUCAUGUUCGGUAAAUCCGUUUUUUUUUUUUUUUCCUCAUGGGAAAAGGGCCAUGACAUGCAUACACGUGGCAAAAAGGUGGAUAAAAGGAAAAAAGAAAAAAGAAAAAAGGAGGCAAUACUCAGAAAAGGACAGAAACAAAGACAGUGAAAGAAGAAGAGAUGAGCUUGGAAGAGUAAGUUUAUAUUGUGUGGAGGAGUAAAAGGAAGGAGAACAAGUUCAAUGGCUUCUCUCUUCUCUUUCACUCUCCCAAAACCCAACUCAAUAAUCAAAUGCUCUUCACCAUCUUCUUCUCUAGCAACCCAAUCUCCUCCCCAACUUCUAGAAGAGAAGUUUGGCAGGAAAGGUAUUCGAUUCACAGAAUCCGGCAAUGUUGAUCUGACUGUUAGGAACGGAAGCUCCCUUUCCCUCCGGAUUGCUGAUGGCCUUGUCACUUCAUACAAGCCCAAAGUUUACUGGAAAGAUGAAGGGUUCGAGGAGAUCCUUUAUACAGUCGCAGGCGGGUCUGAUUCUGGGAACCCCACAAAAGGUGGGGUCGGUUUGGUGUUGAACAAUGUCUCUGAGUCGGGUUCUGGUGGGUCGGCUUGCUGCACUUCGGAAUGGGUUGUGAAGGAUGUCGACUCGGAUGCUAUCGAUGCACUCCAGGUUGAACUGAGCAGCACCAAUGGAGAUGGCACCCUUGAGAUUAGAUAUAUUAUCUCACUUUUCGCUCUAAGCAUGGCGACGGCCGUCAUCGUAAAGAACGAUGGUCGCAAGGCCAUAAAACUAUCAAGCGCAAUCCUAACCCAUUUCAAGUUCAAAAGCAGAAGAGGUUCUGCAAUCCAAGGCCUCAAGGGCUGCUCUUAUUGCACACACCCGCCAUUGUCUUCAAGCUUCGGAAUCAUGUCUCCUGCUGAUGCCAUGGUUAUGGAGUCCCCCUCCUGGUUUUCCUUGGGUUCUGCUUCUAAUGGCAAAGGAAGUGAAAACAAACUAGGGUCUUGGACUGUGGAAGACAACAUAUAUACCAUGAUGAAGGGAAAACUGAGUAGGGUAUAUACAGCGCCUCCGAAUGAACGGUUGAAGAGGAUUUACAGAACGCCACCUUCCAAGUAUGAAACCAUUGAUCAGGGAAGUGGGCUUGGAUUUAGGGUGAUAAGGAUGGGAUAUGAUGACAUAUACUUAGCUAGCCCUGGCUCUUUCUCACAAAAGUACGGUAAGGAUUACUUCAUUUGUACUGGCCCUGCUUCCAUGUUGGUGCCUUUGGUUUUAAAUCCUGGGGAAGAAUGGAGAGGGGCACAAGUCAUCGAACAUGACAAUUUGUAAUUACAACCUAUAAAAGAAAAGGAUGGAAAAUCAAUAUUUAUUCUUAUUUAGAGGAAUCAAUCGUUUUUAUUUUUA